AUGAUAGAUAAUUGUGAUGAUCAGUUGGUGUCUGGUUUGCCUCAGUCAUCAUUCAGCAGUUCAUCAGAGCUGUCUAGCAGUCACAGCCCUGGAUUUGCAAGGCUCAAUCGAAGAGAGGGUGCUGGUGGCUGGUCUCCAUUUGUGUCCAAUAAAUAUCAAUGGCUUCAGAUUGAUCUUGGUGAAAGAGCUGAGAUAACUGCUGUUGCUACUCAAGGUGGUUAUGGGAGCUCCGACUGGGUAACAAGCUACCUUCUGAUGUUCAGUGAUAGUGGACGAAACUGGAAGCAGUAUCGUCAAGAAGAAAGCACGUGGGCAUUUUCUGGAAACACAAAUGCCGAUAGUGUUGUAUACUACAAGCUUCAACAUUCCAUUAAAGCAAGAUUUCUCCGCUUUGUGCCUUUGGACUGGAAUCCCAAUGGCAGAAUUGGAAUGCGUAUAGAAGCAUAUGGAUGCAUGUACAGGUCCGAGGUGGUUGGUUUUGAUGGGAAAAGUUGUCUAAUUUACACAUUUAAUCAAAACCUCAUGAGUACACUGAAAGAUGUGAUUUCUCUGAAGUUUAAGACAAUGCAAAGUGAUGGAAUUCUCCUCCACAGAGAAGGACAAAAUGGAGACCAUAUCACCCUGGAAUUACUUAAAGGAAAGCUGUCCCUUCUUAUUAAUUUAGGUGACGAUAAAACUCAUUCUUCUAAUACCCAAAUUAAUAUUACCCUGGGCAGUCUUUUGGAUGAUCAGCAUUGGCAUUCUGUUCUCAUUGAGCACUUUAACAAUCAAGUAAACUUUACAGUGGAUAAACACACUCAUCAUUUUCAUGCUAAAGGAGAAUUCAAUUAUUUGGAUCUUGAUUAUGAGCUCAGCUUUGGAGGGAUCCCAGUGCCUGGAAAAUCAGGGGCAUUAUCACGCAGGAAUUUUCAUGGUUGUUUUGAGAAUGUUUAUUAUAAUGGAGUGAGCAUUAUUGACCUGGCCAGGAGGCAUAGAUCUCAGAUCUCCUUUGUGGGAAACAUAUCUUUCUUGUGUUUAGAGCCACAGGUGAUUCCUGUUACAUUUCUGAGCUCCAGGAGUUACCUGGCACUGCCUGGCACUUCAGGCCAAGAAGAAGUAUCCAUCAGUUUCCAAUUUCGCACCUGGAACAAAGACGGACUUCUGUUAUCUAGUAAAGUACAUCGGUCUUCAGGUGGUUUCCUGUUAUAUCUGAGUGAUGGAAAAGUUAAAAUCAAUCUUCAUAAGCCAGGCAAAACCUUGAGUGACAUUAGUGCAGGUGCUGGAUUAAAUAAUGGUCAGUGGCAUUCUGUAUUCUUCUCUGCCAAAAGAAAUCGUAUCAGCUUAAUAGUGGACAACGAUAUGACCUCAUCUGUUCAUGCCUCCAUAUCUCUGCAAAUUUAUUCAGCAGACACAUUCUACUUUGGAGGCUGUCCAAACAGUGGAAACAAUUCUGAAUGUAAAAGCUCAUUUGGUGGCUUUCAAGGAUGUAUGCGACUCAUUUCUAUUGGCAACAAAGCAGUGGAUAUGAAUUCAGUUCAGAAAAAUAUUUUUGGCAAUUUCAGCGAUCUUCAGAUAGAUUUAUGUGGCAUUAUAGACAGAUGCUUGCCUAAUUACUGUGAACAUGGUGGAGAAUGUUCACAGACCUGGAACAGCUUCUACUGUAACUGUACCAAUACUGGUUACAAGGGAGCUACUUGUCACUAUCCUAUCUACGAACAAUCAUGUGAAUCCUAUAAGCACAGAGGGAACACUUCAGGCUUUUACAAUAUCGAUUCAGAUGGAAGUGGCCCCUUGGGACCGUUUCUUGUAUACUGUAAUAUGACAGAUGCAACAUGGACAAUUAUACAGCACAACAACACCAACUUAACCAGAGUCAAAAGUGCUAAUCGAGAGAACCCACACACUGUGUUUUUCAAGUACUCUGCCAGCCUAGACCAGCUUCAAGCUGCAAUUAACCAUGCAGAACACUGUGAACAGGAGCUUGCUUACCACUGCAAAAAAUCAAGGCUUUUAGAUAAGACAGAUGGGUUGCCAUUGAGCUGGUGGAUUGGAAGGACCAAUGAAACACAGACAUACUGGGGAGGUUCCUCGCCUACUGUUCAGAAAUGUACUUGUGGCAUAGAGGGGAGCUGCAUUGACUCCCAGCAUUACUGCAACUGCGAUGCUGACAGAAAUGAAUGGACUAAUGAUACUGGGUUCCUUUCCUACAAGGAACAUCUACCAGUAACAGAAAUUGUGAUUACAGACACUGACAGACCAAAUUCUGAAGCAGCUUACAGACUAGGGCCUUUGCUUUGCCGUGGUGACCGAGCAUUUUGGAAUUCAGCAUCGUUCAACACAGAGACAUCUUACCUGCAUUUCCCCACCCUCCAUGGAGAACUCAGUGCAGAUGUAUCAUUUUUCUUUAAAACUACUGCUUCUUCAGGAGUGUUUUUAGAAAAUCUGGGAAUUCAAGACUUCAUAAGGAUAGAGUUAUACUCCCCAUCUGAAGUGAUUUUUUCAUUCGAUGUUGGAAAUGGACCUAGUGAAGUUACAGUGCAGUCUCUCACUUCCUUAAAUGACAACCAGUGGCAUUAUGUCAAGGCUGAACGAAACAUCAAAGAUGCAUCCUUACAAGUAGAUCAGCUUCCUCAAAAGUUUCAUGCUGCUCCACCUGAUGGCCAUAUUCGGUUGCAACUCAACAGCCAACUUUUUGUAGGUGGGACGGCAUCUAGACAGAAAGGAUUUUUGGGAUGCAUUCGUUCAUUACAGUUAAAUGGAAUGGCCCUUGACCUGGAAGAGAGAGCGAAGAUAACACCAGGAGUUGAACCAGGAUGUCCUGGACAUUGUAGUAGCUAUGGUAACCUGUGUCAUAAUGGUGGAAAAUGCCGAGAGAAAUACAGUGGAUUCUCUUGUGACUGCAGUUUCUCUGCCUAUGCCGGGCCAUUCUGUAAGAAAGAAAUCUCUGCCUAUUUUGGAACUGGAAGUUCUGUGAUAUACAAUUUUCAGGAAUACUACACCUUCACUAAAAAUUCUAGUUCUCAUGCUUCUUCUUUCUAUGCUGACAUGACACUGAGCAGGGAAACAAUCACACUUGCCUUUCGAACAACACGGACACCAAGCCUACUGCUUUAUGUCAGCUCCUUCUACAAGGAAUAUCUCUCAGUCAUUCUAACCAGAAAUGGAAGUUUACAGAUCAGGUACAAACUAGACAGCCAUCAAGAUCCUGAUGUCUUCACCACCAAUUUCAAAAGCAUGGCUGAUGGACAGCUACACCAUGUGAAGAUUGACAGAGAGGAGGAAACGCUCCUUGUAGAGGUUAACCAGAACGAAAGAAUGAAAUUUAUUCUGUCUUCAGGCACAGAAUUCAAUGCAAUCAAGUCUCUCAUACUUGGCAAGAUUUUAGAAAACAGUGAUGUAGACGAGGAGACAAUGAAAGCAAACUCUCAGGGUUUUAUUGGAUGCCUCUCUUCAGUGCAGUUCAAUCACAUCGCUCCUUUGAAAUCUGCAUUGCACCACAGCAGCUCAGCCCCCAUCAUUGUGAAGGGACGCUUUACUGAAUCCAGCUGUGGUACCUCAACUGGAGCUGACUCAACAUUAAGUGAAACUACACAUUCAUUUGCAGAUCAUUCUGGACCGAUAGAUGAGGGAGAGCCCUUAAAUAAUGUAAGCCAAAAUGACUCUGCAAUUAUUGGAGGUGUGAUAGCAGUUGUGAUAUUCAUCGUCCUUUGCAUCACUGCUAUAGCCAUACGCAUUUAUAAAAAAAAAAGCAUAUACUCAAAAAAUGAGACAAAAGGAUCUGAAAAUGAAGACAGUGCUGAAUCUGCACUGAAAAGUGAGCUUAGUACACAAAACACUGCCAGUGAAAAUCAAAAGGAAUACUUCUUCUGACUGACAUUCAUGAUUUAAUUUAAUGUAAUAAUGUGACUGUCUGACUUUCUUGAUAAGCCAGGGGAUCUCAAUGGACAAGAAAGCUCUUGCACUCUACAGUAAACACAAGGGAUUUGAGACCUGUUAUAUUGCAUAAAUUCAGUCUCAGUAAUUGUUAUAGGGGCUUAAAUUACAUGUUUUCCUUAGCUAUUAUACUGUAAAUGCGUUUUAUGUAACAGUGGAUUAGAUAUUGUAACCAAUUUCAUUGUUGGUAGUUUCCGACUGUUCUGAUGUGACCUUCUGCAACUGAAGUUUAAUGUACAUCCUGAAUAUUAUUUAUAAAUGAGAAAAUUGCUACAAAGCUGUUCCAAUCCUUCUCUUUACAAUAUCAUUUUGGAUUUUUGGUCAAGGUGAACAGUAGCUUCCAAUAGUUUGUGUUACUAAGGAAAUUCUUUUUAUGUUGCAUUAUAGUGAUCCCUCAUACUUCCUCAACCUGGGAAUGCCUUUUGAACUGCUGUUGGCUUGUUGCAGAAUCUGUUUGUGAGCCAUGGAUUUAGGUGUCCACAACGAAUUGUACUUCUUUCCCCUGGGAGGUGAUCAGUGCCACAAUUUUUUUGUUUGUUUGUUUGUUUUUUUGCUGUUGUUGUUUGACAAGUCUAGCAGGACUUAAAAUGAAAAAGUGUACAGUGUGUUGAAAUGCUGUAAAAUCUCUUUUUGGUUUUCACUCGUAGUCAUGCGAUGGAAUCAAGUUAGACUCAUACAUAUUCUAAGAAUUUUAAUUCUUAAUAUAAUUAAGAUAGUAAUUAAGAGAUAAUUCUUUAAAAAAUAAGAAUUAGAUAAAGUUACGAAUUUUAAUAAAACUAGGACCAAAAAAGACAAAACUUUUAUUUGUAAAUAUAAAUUAAAAUAUUAACAAUGGUUAAAUUGUCAUGAGUGACAGUACAUAAUGAUGACUGAUAUUAUUCUCCAUAGAAAUUAGUAGAGUUUCUUCUGUGAAGUUGCAGUGGUCUGUACAUCUGGCAUGCAUUCCCUGGAAACAUCAUGUGUGUGUGUAUGAUCUACUCCAGACCUCAAGAUUAAGUUGUUCAAAAUUAUAGAAUUUGCUUAUGAUUAUUAUGAUAAUGAAAUAGGGAAUUUAGAGUCUAGCGCAGUGGCUGUUAUUUUUUUUUUUCUUCAUCCAUAACUGUACACAUACUACGCUAGAUGAGAUAAGGUCUGAUUCUAGGACCAAAAACUAAUCAGAUGCUUACUAUCCUGACAGAAUAAAAAAUAGGUGCAUGUGAUUUUAUAUAAACUAAUUAUUAGAUAUGAAAUACAAGCUUAAGUUGUCUAAACAGAAGAAUGUAAAGCUACUAUUGACACCACAGGGUCUCUGUAAUAUCUAUGUGGCCUUGUAAGAAUGUCACAAGAUUGACUGAAGGUAUGUGUCCUGUGGAAAAGACAUCUGGGAAUGAAGUAGAAUACCUCGAGGAAUCUACAAUAGCAUCAUAUACCAACAUUUAGAUAACUAAUUCACAAAAAAAGACUUUAUUGAUUUGUUAUUGUUGUUGUAAUGUUUUCCAUAGAAGACUGUACACUUAGAGCUAGAAUCUAAGGAAGGAAUCAGGACUUCUGUGUCCCUGUAGACUUGGAAAUUUAGAAUUUAAGGUGUUUUUCAAACUGAUUUAUAUCUAUUUCCAUUGAAAGCAAUGAUAACGGUCACUGAUUUGCUCCUCUUUCAGAAAUAGAGUUAAACUUAGGCUCUGAGGCUUAGAAAAUGUUUCUCAUAGAUGCCCAAAAAUAUUAUAAAAACACUUAGACCUGAUAUGGUGUUUACAUUUCUUUCCAUAUAUAGUAGUUGUAUAUAGAAAUGUCCUUCACAUUCACACAGAGUGUGAUAAUACAUUUUAAAGCUUGUUUUCUUCUAUCAAUCUUUAUUUUUGAUUCUCAGAAUUUUACACUCCCUUUUCUGCUUCAUUCUGCUCAUCUUUGCUUCAUUUUUAGGAAUAAAUUAUUUCCCUUUUUUGGUACUUGAAAGUUCUUAAAUCAGAAAAUUUUCAGCUUGGUAUGCACUGUUUCACAUUUUUCUGAAUUUUGCAGUUCUAAAUGCAUCUGUAGUUUAAGACUAAGUUUGAGUCUGAGAAUCUAGGAUCAAGAACUGUGUGUAUAUACAUCACUGUGUUCUAUGACACAGUGGUGGGUCACACAGCUAGGAAGGUAAGGGAAGAAUGCUUCUCAAAUGAUGAGAAUAGAUGAGGAUAUUUUUUUUAUUAUUAUUAUUAUUUAUUUUUUUUAGAUAAUGCACUCUUAAUUUGCUACUUUAGUUCCUGUCAGUCUAGCUAGACUCUUUAAAGAGAUAAUUAUGACCCCUUCUCUUCAAGGAUCUGACCUAAAUUGUAUUGAAUUAAAGAAGAGUCCUUCCAUAGUCUUCUCUGAAAUUCAACCUUUAAAAUCUCAAGGGGCUUUCCCUUCGUAUAAAAGUUAUGGCAGUGUACUCCUUUUUGUGUGACUCGUAUCAACAAUACUAUUGAAAGACAUAAGAAUCACAGUUAACAAUUUUAAUUCAUGUGAGAUAUAAUACCUGUGUGGUGGGAUGUAACACCCAUGUGGGACAAAACUUUUAUGGUAGUGGUGAUUAUACUAUAUUUGAUCAACAAAAUAGACAUUUAAAAUGAAUUAUGAGACAGAGAGAAAGAGAAAGAAAAUGUAUCUACAUGAGGACAGGUUGGAAGUAUGAAAAUCUAACUUUUCAGUCACUUGAUUUAAUUUCUUUUUUUUUUUUUUUUGCUUAUUUUUGUUGUAUUUCUUGAUGGAGAUAAAUCUCCUCUGGAAUAUGGAGAGGAAAUCUUCUGAUUUUCCUCUAAAUCAAUAAUUGUUUUCUUUCACUAUUCUUUAGCAUUUUAAAAGGGAACAGGAAGUCAAAAGCAGAGUAAAAUCCGUAUUUCACUAAACAAUAAUAGUAAUAAUAUUAUUUUUUUAAAAGUAAAAAUGUGUGUAUAAAUACCUGUGUGAAUGGCAUUUUAUUUCAUUUAAAGACCUUUUUGCAGCAUUUUGUUUUGUGGAGGAUUCUAAGGGGAUAAACAAAUUAAUUUUGUUGAAUGAAGAUCUAUCUGCAGGUUUGUAACAUACAAUAGUUACAUCUCUCUGAAAAUGCAAAUGCUCAUUUUCAUCUGUAGAAAGAAUGACCAUUAUAUGUCACCUGGAUUCAAAAUAUACAGGUUUCAACUACUAACAAAUAUAUAAUUAGCAACUACUUGAUGCAUUUCAAUGGGUACAACAAAAUGGUAACACUGAAGUACAUUAAGACAUCAUACACCAUUGUGCUGUCCCUUUUUGGAAUCUAUUCCAAUGUGUGACCUUUCACCUCUCUGAUAAUAAAAGAAACUUUUUAAAAUAAGGUGAGGAAAUAUUUUUUAUAAAAUUUGUAUUAAGAAAUUUAAAACUGACAACAAUAUUCUGAUUGUUUUAACGGUAAAAAUAUGUAGAAGUGCACAUAAUAUAUUGGUGUCUGGCUAUGUAUAUGUAAUAGAACAAAGUGCUAAUGUAAUGAGAACAAUGUGUUAAUGUAAUGAACUUUGUAUGUAUUGACACAAUUUCUGCGGCAAACAUUUUUUCUUAAGCAUACAAGAAAAAAAAAUAGCACAAAUAUUUGUGUAUUAAAAAAAAAAAAAAAAAAAAAAAAAAAAAAACCACCACCUUUCUGUGAGCACUAACUAGAAAGGGGUCGUAAUAUAUGCUUAACAUUAGCGCACAAGUAUAAUUUAGUUAGGUUUUGUAAAAAACAUCUUCCACUAUAUCCACUGUAGAUUAAUAAUAAGUAACUAGCUAAGUGAAUGAUUUAACAUGAAAUGUAAUAAUAUUCAAUAUAAAUUUGCAACACCAUUAUUUAUGACAGUGGCAUACAAGGAAAAAAAUGUUUGAAGGAAAACAUAGUCUUCUAGAGAAGAAUUAGUUGCAGAUUUAGAUUUAGAUACCAGUGUGAGAUAAAAUCAGAAAAUGCAACUACUGAAGAUUUGCAGAGGACCAAUAGGAAAAUAUAGUUUUGAAACAAAAUUAAUUACCUUGAGAAGUAAUUGUAAAUGUUUACACAGGAGAUUGAGUUGUAGCUCUAUAAGGCAUAUAAGGCAUGUAAUGUCACAAAGGAACAUUCAUCUUUGCAACAGAAAAGUAUUUGUUAAGUCAGAAAAACUGUUUUUAAAAUGUCAGAAUAAAAAAAAAAAAAAAAAAAAAAAAAA